AUGUCGAAUCCAGACGAGGUCGAUCCUCGUCAGUUCCUUGAGCGGAUGCGGACGCUGUCAGAGCAGCGAGACCAGCAGGACGCCGAGCGGGUCAAGAAGCUGGAGGAAGAGCUUAUACAGGGCCGUAGCGAGCGACUCGCGCGCAGAGCAGAACGAGCACGCUCUCUGUCCCCCGACAAGCCCACCACGCCCCAAUCGCACCGCUCCGUCGCCGAUACACCUCCAAGUGUGCAAGAAAAGCCCGCCGACACGCCAACGCCAAACAUGGCGCCGCCGUCGCUGGAGCAUGCCCGCGAGGACUCUCUGCAGCAGCUGACGGGCUCGCCCGCGCAGCUCAUCGACGACACUGAACCGAAAAAGCCCACCCCGAGCGCGGCAGCACUGGGCCGCUCAGGAACCCUGUCGUGGCAACAGCGAAGGCCGCAAUCGAGCAGCAUACGGAGGCCAAUCUCGGUCGCAUUGAGCUCUCCAGACAAGGCGACUGCCACCUCACCUCGCACCUCCGAGCCGCCCUCCCCAGAACGACCCGCAUCGCGAACCCAGAUAGCGCAAUCGUUGGGUGCCAAAGACCCAUCCUGGUUUAAGCAAACGGCAGAUCGGGGGAUCGGGUCUGCGGCAUACAGGAAGAAUCAGGAAGACAAUGUCUCUGAAAUAGGCUCCACAUCCGGGAAGCAGCUACCCGGCAUGUCGCGCGACUCGACAGCGGAGCCUGGAGCAACAUCUCCGCCGCUGGAGAGCCCUCGUUCGAGCGGCUCCAUCCGUAGCAGCACUCUUCUCGCCAACCGCAUCUCCGCCACUGCAUCACUGUCUGGCUUAGACGAAGAGUCGACCACAAAGACCAAAUCGCCGCUACCUGUGCUAGAAGCACACAAGUUCGCGCCUCCGUCAGAGGGCGCAUCUGUGGAUGGAAGUGACCGCGCUUCGAUGCGCGGUCUUGCAAUGUCGCCAACGCAAGGGCGGAUAUCUCCCGAGCGGCCUGUGUCUCCUACCAAAGGCAUGGGUGGCUUCGUCCAGAGUGCGAUAAUGAAGCGUAGUGACAGUGUGAGCAAGAGGUGGAGCGCUCAAGCACCACCAACCUUGAGUAGACAGAAUUCUACCUUGAGUAACAGAGGUAGCACCUACGGUACGCUGCCUAGGUCGGAUGCGAGACCAAGCACUCUGAGCCGAGAUAAUUCGAUCGAGCCUUCGUCGCGACCAGGCUCUAGCGCUGGUAUCGGGGGCAUCACCAAGGACGCUACGGAGAGCGCACAGAAACCAGAGUUCGCUAAGCCUGCGUUGCCUCGCCACAGCCGUAGCAAGUCUGUUGCGUCAACGUUCAGCGAGGGUCAGCCGCAGCAAGAUGAGACUUCACCUCCGAGUCCAUCGAAGCGGUGGAGCCCCACAAAGUCAAGCUGGUUAGAAAGCGCGCUGAACAAGCCAGAGUCUCCGAAGCCCCAACAGCCACCUCCACAACAACCCGUUUGGAUGAGUGAGAUAAGUCGCAUCAAACAGCAGCGCGGAAGUGUAGAUUUUGGCAAAGUGAGCCCGUUACAGAGCCCACCUGCUGGGUCUUCAACAAUUUCUGGCAGAUCAUCGCCGAUCAAGGAGGUCCAACUGAGGCCUGUAAGCUUGCGAAGCAGACCUGAAACUCCUAGGCAAGGAGAGCCGCCUGUUCUUGAAAACCCCACAAAAGCAUUGCAGAGCUUGCGUGAGAAGCCUGAGUCUUCGAACGAGGAGCCGAGCGCGGCCGAAGACGCCAAACCAGCACAACCAGCUCCGAAACCGGAACCUGUAGUAACUGCAAAACCCACCGUGCCUGCCAACAAUGAUGCCAAUACCAAUGCAACGAAUGAAUCGAUAUCUCCGAGUGCACAGUAUGAUACACCAAAAAGCCCACCUGUCACGACGGGCACGAAGCCUACGAUAUCUUCCUCUCGCUUUAGCAAAGACCCUGCUCUUUCCCCUGCUGCAGUAAAAUCGAAGCCUGAUACCCCACCGAAGAAAGACUUCCGUGCAACCCUCAAAUCACGCCAGCCCGUUGCAGGUACAACUAAGCAUGAGGAGGUGAACGAGUUACAGAAUGUGUUCGGCAAGUUGAGACGAGCAGAGACGAAGAACUACGUUGCUCCGGAUACGUUCAAGAACAAUAUCGUCCAAGGAAAGAACGCUUUGAACAUUACAGGGGGUCCUAAGCCUUCUGUACGUAGGAAUGAAUUCCGGGACAGCCUGGUGUCGCAGAAGGCUGCUAUGUUAGCGAAAGCUCAAGAGACGGGGUCUGCCGCCCACCAAAGGACGGGUAGCUCCGCCUCCGCCAAAAACGCCCCGCCUCCCGAGGUCACAGCAGCCAGAAAAAAUCUGGGAAGAUCGGACACCAUCUCCCAGCCUCCGCCUCCGCAAGAGACAGGUGCGACGCCAGAGGCAAUUGCGCGCAGAAAAAGUCUUCGUGCAAGCAAACCGCCAGUUAUUGAGAAAUCGAGUCAACCGACUGUACCUUUCGUAAACAAGGAAGCAUCCUCGAUGAAGUCCAGCAGAUUUGCAGACCGAUUCAACCCAGCUUUAGCGAACAUGUUGGCGAGGGGACCACCACCCAUGGCUGGAUCUGGAGGUACUACCAAGGAAGACAUCGGAGAGACUCCAGCCAAGCCAACGCAGGAGGAGAGGACUGGGCCAGCUCCGGAGUUAACCCACAUUACCAAGGGGAGAGCCCGAGGACCUAGGAGACGAGCACCGGGCGCAAAGCAAAGUGAGACCAAGUCAGCUGACACCCCGCAAAAAGCGCAUACAGAAAAGGUAGCUCCAGUUGCCAAGGUCCCGUUGGUCAAGACUGAACAAGUGUUGCCCAGCUCUGAUCCUUCAGACGAUGCUCUAGUGUACCGAACACCUGUCAAAAAUUUACUGAAAGACAAGCCAAUUACGCCAGCAAAGUCUCCGGACCUGUCCAAGAGGCUCUCACAAUCUCCAACGCCGGAACCGCCAAAGAAGCUUGCAUCUUUGGAGCUCGAACGGGAGGUUCCCUCCGAAGCUAAAGCAACUCUGCAAAAGUCGCCUUUUACACCAGCCGCUCAAUCUCCUAAACCUGUAUCAUCGCCAUCAUACUCUUCCUUUAAGCCGAUCCCAGUCCUCCCGUCACGACCACUGGCAACAGCUCCAUCCAAACCGGUAGGCCAGGCUUUGAAAGAAAUUGCACCUCCCAAUACGGAUAGUGCAAGAAAGGAAGAGCGAUCGCCGGACAAGCCGUCGUUCUCCGUAAAAAGUGCUACAGCUCUCUGGGGUAGUCAAUCUACUUCGUCGUCGCCUGUCCCAAGCAAGCCGAAGUCGCCUAUUAAGCUUCCCACGAGAGCAGAUGAAAAAGCAGCAAUGGAGGGUGCUGGUCUAAGCAGUCCUAAUAAGGCACUGGAACACUUAGAAUCUAAGCCCCUCGCAGCAAAGCCAAAGCCCGCUGGCCUUGGUUUGGGCAGCCUGGGAAGUCUCGGAGGCCUAGUCGCAGCACGAUCGAGAGGAUCGACACCUCCAAAGCCGUACUCAGCUAAAGUUUCGCCUACUUCACCACCGAUGGUGAGCAACAGACCUCAGUCCGAGCCUUUCAAGGAGUCUCCUGCAUCUGAGAAGCCUGCCGGCGUCUUUACAGAGUUCUUUGACGAAUCACCGGUAACCACAGGAGUUCUGCCCGAGAGCAUCGAUACGGUCCGUAUUUUGAAGACUCCACCGUACGACUUGAGCCCUAAUGGAAAGAUUAGGACCAUUAGGAAGCAAAUCCAUGAAGUGACCGGGGAUGGAAAGCUAACACCCAUCCACGCACACGAUGAGCAUGUCCUGUUCCAGGACUCCAUAUACCUGUGCACUCACACCUUCAGCAAUGCUAGCGGCUCCAAGGCUACCGAGAUCUCUCUUUGGGCAGGCAAUGGAGUGGCGGAACCUACCGUUGAGGAUGUUCAGCUUUUCGCAAAGAACUACGCCAAACAGAACCAAGGAACAUUAGUGCCGAUACGACAAGGGAAGGAGACACCAAACUUCCUUGACGCGCUUGGAGGCAUCAUCAUCACUCGGCGAGGGACAUUUCCGCCGGCCAAGGAAUAUAUGCUCUGCGGACGUCGACAUCUAGGACGGCUUGUGUUUGAUGAGGUUGAUUUUGCUCUUAAGAGCCUCUGUUCGGGAUAUGCCUACAUCAUCACUACUUUACGUGGCAAGGUCUAUCUUUGGAAAGGUCGAGGAUGUUGCGCAGAGGAGCUGGCAGGAGCACGUCUAAUGGGCAUGGAUCUAGCACCAGGAGGCGAUUAUCUCGAGAUCGAAGAAGGUGUGGAGCCAGACGAGAUGAUCCAAAUGUUCCCGCCAAGCGUAGGUAAAGGGCCUGCCAUUCCUCGAUCGGCGGACCACUGGCGUUACAAAGCCUCCUCGGAGCGAUACCAAACACGGCUCUUUAAGGUCGAGCAACAGCAAUCUUCAGGAUGGGGGAGCCUCCAGGUGAGCUCUUACCUUCCAGCCAUGUUACGCCGGCCAUCGUGGCAGUUUAACAGAAGGAUGUCCACUGAACGGGAACAGACGCCAAGUCCUCCCAAGUCUCCGCUUCCGCCGGGGAUGAGCACCAAAAUCGUGGAGAUCAUGCCGUUUUGUCAGCGGGACCUGGAGGCUGAGCAUAUUUACGUCUUGGACGCCUUUUUCGAGAUGUAUAUUAUCGUUGGCUCCCUUUCACGUUCACAACAUCAUGCUUUCUCUACAGCUCUCAUGUUUGCGCAAGAGUAUGUUAUCCUUGCAGUUACGGAAGAAGAUCGACCGAUUAAACCUCCUACAACGAUCCUCCUCGAAGGGGUACCGCGAGACAUGCGAGCCGUCUUCCGACACUGGGACGACUCCAUAGUACCCGCUGCAGGGCUCAUGAACGGAAAGCUUGGUCGCGGUAAAAGCCUUAGAAUCGUGAGUAUGGAGAAAGCCAUAGAGGCGACGCGGCAACAAUGA